AUGUGUUUGUUGCUCUUCUUACAUACACAAGAUGGCCGCCGAGCCCCCAGAGCGCGCGGGCUCUCUAGCAGUUCCACCGGCAGCACCAUCACGGUCUCCUCCCAAAACGGCAAAUGGCGACGGUGUCCUCCGGCAGCCGCUCUUGAAGCCGCUCCUGAUGCCAAAGGGCUCCGCUUGAGUCGUGACGGGACGCAAAAGGAAGUCACGUGCGGGGAAAUGACCAAACCUAAGGCGAAGCAGUGCCCGGCGUGCCACGCCCCAAACCCAAUGCAGGUGAAGACGUGCACCACCUGUGCCUUCAGUCUGCCGGUCCGGGACAAGAUCAUCAAACUUCAGGCCAACCUCAAGUCCAAGAACUGGGCCGAGACGGUGAAGAGGAACCACAACUCCAACAGAGUGGUCAACAGUUCCCUCAUCUCUCUGAGAUACGCGGGGGUCCAUGUGCACAAGCUGUUAUUUGGUCCCAGCUGGCCGGUCACUCUUGACAAGGUGCAAUUCUGA